AUGGAUUACCUCCUUUCUCAGCCGUCUCUCACCGACUACUUUUCCGAGGAUGCUCAGACCCAGGAACAGUUUGACUGGAACCUGCUCACCAGUGAUCCUUCUCUCAAUGUUGCCCCACCCAGCACCAUUUCUGAUAGCGGCUUCGACCCGAUCUUCACACCUGAACAGCUUGCCACUCUGCUGCAAACGUGUGAUUCCCCAUGCCCUCCGGAUUUGUUCUCUCAAGACUUUACAAACGAAUCUCUGAACCAGUCGGAAUGGAACCUGCCGCCCUUUCCUGAUUUCACUGUUCCAUCGGUUGAUAUCAAUAACAAUCCUUUCAUUCCGUCCUCUCAGCCACCGAUGACCACCGACUCUACCACUUAUCGCGAUGGUUUCGGCAAUCCUAUCCCCCCGGUGGACUACCGUCCUACUUACGAUUGCCCCACCGGCUAUGAAACCUACUCUUCUCCUCCGGCCAUGCCGAGCAGCAAUUACGGUCCCUCCGACGCGUAUUCCGGAUACGUUUACCCCCCUCAUCCACCGCUCCCGGUGGCAGCGAGAACGAACCACUGGGAUCUGGUCACCAGUUCAACCUACUUGCCUUCCAAAGACUUGGCUCGCAGUGACGUUACCAGUCCCAGUGCUGUCUCUGAGCAGCCAAUUAAGAAACAUCGUUGCCAGAUAUGUGGAAGAGCCUUUCAACGUCAAACAACUUUAACACAACAUUUGAUUACUCACACUGGCGAACGGCCUUACUCGUGCCCUGUGGCUGGCUGCGGCAAAGCUUUCACCACUGCAUCGAAUGCCAAACGUCACGCGAAGACCCAUUUCAGAAUCUCACAUAGCUUUCAACCCUACUGA